AUGGAUGGUGCCCAGAAUCUCCAGCUUUUUCCCUGUGCCUUUGGGCAGGUGCACACACUGACAGAAGAGAAGGAACACAGAGAAAGUCAGGUACAAGAGCUGGAGACCAGCUUGGCGGAACUCAGGAGUCAGUCAGAGGAGCCACCACCCCCACAGCCUCCAGCUGGGCCCUCCGAGGUGGAAGAGCGACUGCAGGGAGAGGUUGAGCAGCUGCAGAAGGAACUGGAGAAGCUGACGGGACAACUGAGGGCCCAGGUACAAGGCAAUGAGAGCCUGAGCCUCCUGAACCGGGAGCAGGAGGAGCGGCUGCUGGAGCUGGAGCGGGCUGCAGAGCGCUGGAGUGAGCAGGCGGAGGAGCGCAAGCAGAUCCUGGAGAGCAUGCAGAGUGACCGCACCACCAUCAGCAGAGCGCUGUCACAGAACCGCGAGCUAAAGGAGCAGUUGGCUGAGCUGCAGAACGGCUUUGUCAGGCUGACCAAUGAGAACAUGGAGAUUACCAGUGCACUGCAGUCAGAGCAGCACGUCAAGAAAGAGCUGGCCAAGAAGUCGGGGGAGCUCCAGGACAGAGCUAAAGGAGACAGUAAACCCAUGAAAGUGGAGGCAGAAAGAUCGGGAGUUCAACAUCACCCUCUGCUACAGAGUGGGGCUCACCCUGGGCUAAAUGAAACCCUGUCUUAAAAAUCACACAAAAGA